UCCGCUGACACGCCCAUAAGGGGUUGAAGCGCCGGGCUUUACCGACCGCACUCGAGACGCCGCAAUAUACCAGACAGAUUCCUAAGGUGCUUCUUAGUCUUUAAGUGAUUUUCGAGAUAGAUAGCAAGCUAAAAAGGAACGAAUAACGGAAUUUCCUCCUAUUGCAGACUGUAAGCUGAGGAGGGUAUUGGAGGCGAGCAGUGAACACGAGCCAGUAUGCAGAAUCUAAGGCUGCUCAUCUUAAGUGUGCUGUUUUAUUCAGCAUUCUCUGCAACUCUGAAAGCCCAAGAGAAGUCGCGGACUCUGUUUUCUAGGGAAGAUUUCUACAUCCUUGUGCCAGCCGAUGGAGCUGACGUGACGUUCAGGCCUUCGGUUGUCCAAGGUCUUGAGAAGCCUCUGAUGAGUUCUGGAAAGGUGGUGGAUCCCCGUGCCAAACUCAACUCUGCUUCGAGCCACCUGAUCCUGGAGAAUGUUGGAGAAAGUGAUGAAGGAGUCUACACCAUCACAUCUAACCAAAAUCCAGAGGACGUUACACGCAUCACACUCUAUGUUAGAGAUUGCUCUAAUGAGGAAAUCAUUAAGUACGGCUUAGAUUUUCAUGUAUUGCUGCAAAAUAUCUCGGAGCCUGUGCGUGUGGGCUUUCGCCAUAGCACCGUGGAGGCCAAUCAGACGUCAUUGCCAGCCGUUGAACUGCUGAAUGCUGAUGGAACGCUCAAGGAGAAUUAUCAGGACCGCGCUGAGAUCACUCCUCAAAAGUUCACUUUGCGUGCCGUUACAGGGGCUGAUGAAGGCAGUUACACCUUUAGUGAUUCCAUUGGGAAAGUUCAGAAGAAGAUCUGCCUGAACGUGAUAGCACAUCAGAUAUUUGCGACCGUUUCAUACGGUGGCACUCUAAAAAUCAACCUGCACAUGAAUAGCUCUUUAGCUCGCCUAAUGUACAUCCCUCAGUCUGAUAAACAUAAGUAUUUGAUUAUGGAUUACGGAGAGCUCAGCCUGCCUCCUAACGUGGAUCUUGAGGGUCGUCUGUCUUCGGAGGAUUCUUUGUGUCUUCUGACGGAUGUGAGGGCCAGUGAUGCUGGAGUUUUCAGUGUGACUGACCAUCAGGGAUUCCUGGUGUCUGAUGUCCACCUGGAGAUAGAACCAUACAGGCUUCCAAAACUCUACAUUGCCAUAAUUUCUCUGGUAGCAUUGUUGGUGUUGCUGCUGUUGGUGUGCUUGGUGUCAUGUUUGGUGAAAAUACGCAAACGUGCAGCAAAGGCCAGAGCUAUUGAGGAGAAAGCCCAGAAUGCAGGCAAAGUGGAGGGAGAUGCCUUCAGACAGGUUGUCAAAGAUGCAUGUACCCAUCAGAAUGAGGAAGCCCCGGCCCUGUCACAGAAAGAAGACAUCACUGAGAAAUCACAGAGCACAGAGGUCAGCAUUAAGGGUUUGGAGGUGUCUACUAAAGACCCAAGUCUUCAAGAGAGGAACAUGGAGACCAGUGACUCUGGAGUGGGAUUCAAUACCACUGGGCUCCCCCUUGACAGUGACACUGAUGCCCCAACAGCAGCCAUGGCAGAUUCUGAUGUAUUGAGUUCCUCUGCUGCCCCCGAUGUCAAAGCUGUUCCCAGCCAAGCUCUAGAGUCAAAGACAGCCCCCUCACCUCCAAAACCAGCACCAACCACUGAUUUGAAACCAGCACCUUUGGCCAAGUCGACUGCUCCUCCACCACCUUCUCCCGAACCCAAACCACCAGUAACGCCUGAACCUGAACCCAAGCCUGCGGUCACACCAACACCUGAACCCAAACCCGCUGCUACACCUGAACCAAAAAUGACCAUCUCACCACCACCUGAAACAAAACCGACCUUGAGCCCAUCACCAGAACCCAAGCACCCUGUGACACCUGAUCAGAAACCAACAACUGAAGUUAAACCUAUUCCAAGUCCAACCCCUGAACCUCCAAAAGCAGUAACACCAACUCCUGAUGCAAAACCAGCUGUUACUCCUGAUGCCAAACCAGCAGUUUCACCUUCUCCUGAACCCACACAAGUGAAAGUUGGCACUCCUGAACAGAAACCCGCUGCGAGCCCAACACCUGAUCCCAAGACUCCGGAUCCUAAAGUGGUUUCUCCUGAGCCUAAACCAAGUUCACCUACUCCACAGUCUAAACCACCAGUCUCACAGAUUCUCGACUCAAAACCAACCACAAAUGGUACUCCUGAAUCCAAGGCUGACAUCAUGUCAGAGCCAAGUGCACCCAUAUCUCCUGGGCUGGAUGUGAAGGGCACCACCCCUCCCAAAACACCUGAUACUGGGAAAAGCUCAGUUAAAACUCCUGAGCUCAUCUCCAGUGGAGGUCUAGACUCGGCUGCCCCCAAUGACAGUGCACCACCUUCAAGCACUGAUGGAGCUGCCACCAACUGAGAUUAAAACCAUAGCCCUAUUCCUGCCUCCUCCUAGUGUAUUAACCACCACAGACAAUCCAGACACUAGACUAAACAACAAAGAAGAGCUAAAUGACUUUCUAAGGGGGUGGGUUACUCAGUCUUUUGAGUCUCACUUUUAAUACCAUUAACAUGCAUCAAUAGAAAGAUCCACUGUAAAUCCACUCAGUUUACUAAUAUGUAAUCACCCUGUAGCAGAGUUUGAGAAAAGAAUCAUUUCCAAGCUUACACCUCUGGCUAAUCUAAUACAGAAUGAGGGAGGCUGUCUGGGAUAUUACAAGCAAGUGUACAAAGACAAAUCUCCCUUCACAGAAAUAAUACAUCACUGCAUGAAGAUAUUGAGAAAAUAAAUUAUAUUAUCGGUUCCGUAAUCCAAGUUAUUGUGGUUGAAUUUGGGGAAAGGCACAUAGGAACAUGGGACAUUAAUCAUUUUCAUUCUUUAUGAGAUCAUUUCUGCUCCAUUUCGACCAGUUGGAGAUCCAAAUAUCUGGACUGAUACUGUCAGAGGACUGGAAAAGUGGAAAAAUCAUGUAUCACUUUGACCCAUGCAAGUCAACAUGUCAUUUUGACAAGUGAGAUGAAUGAGGAAACUACAGAAGUGCAAAGCAGAAGGAAGAAAUACAAUUUGACCAAAAAAAAAGAAUAAAUCCUUUCGUAGACUAAUCUGUGACUGUGUGCCUGGAGGACAUUUUUGAGAAUCUUCUUCUAUCAAUCCAACCUAUGGAUGUUCUUGUCCAGAGGUGUGACACGUGCACAUUUCCUGUUCAGUCAAUAACAAAAAAAAAUAUUGCUGGUGAAAUCUUUCCAUGAAGUAAAAAAAAUAGUUUAAACAUUUCUGUAAUCUUGGCAACAGUAUAUGUAAACAGGUUUGCUUCUUUGAGUGA